GCUGCAGCCAACAUGGCUGCGCUCCGGAGCCCGGGAGGCGGCCGCUGCUGAGCGCCGCCCGCCGCCCCGGGCCCCGCCGCUCGCGGCUCCCGGCGCGCUAGGCGGCCGCCCAGGUUUGCCCGCCGCCCGCCGGCCUCGGGGAGCCGGGGCGCCGUCCGGCGGGGCGGGGCGGCGCGGCUCGGCCCGCCACCAUGGAGCCCCAGCGCCGGGAGCUGCUCGCCCAGUGUCAGCAGAGCCUGGCCCAGGCCAUGACCGAGGUGGAAGCCGUGCUCGGGCUGCUCGAGGCCGCGGGAGCGCUCAGCCCCGGCGAGCGGCGGCAGCUGGACGAGGAGGCGGGAGGCGCCAAGGCGGAGCGGCUGCUCAAGCUGCUCCUGGCCAAGGAGCGGGACCACUCCCAGGACCUGCGCUUGGCGCUGGAGAAGACGCAGCCUCACCUGCUGCCCAUUCUCUACCUGAACGGUGUCGUCGGACCGCCGCAGCCCGCCGAGGGCGCCGGCUCCACUUACAGUGUCCUGUCCAUCAUGCCUUCGGACUCGGAGAGCAGCAGCUCACUCAGCAGUGUGGGCACCACUGGGAAAGCACCAUCCCCACCGCCCCUCCUCACUGACCGGCAGGUGAAUGAGAAGGUGGAGAACCUCUCCAUUCAGUUGCGACUGAUGACUCGAGAGAGGAAUGAGCUGCGCAAGCGCCUGGCCUUUGCAACCCAUGGGACGACCUUCGACAAGAGGCUGAAUCCUGAUUAUGAGAGGCUGAAAAUCCAGUGUGUGCGGGCCAUGUCCGACCUGCAAAGUCUGCAGAACCAGCACACCAACGCCUUGAAGAGGUGCGAGGAGGUGGCCAAGGAGACCGAUUUCUAUCACACACUCCACAGCCGGCUCCUGAGUGACCAGACUCAGCUGAAGGACGACGUGGACAUGCUGAGGAGGGAGAAUGGACAGCUGCUCCGGGAGCGGAACCUGCUGCAGCAGUCCUGGGAAGACAUGAAGCGGCUUCAUGAGGAGGACCAGAAGGAGAUUGGUGACCUCCGUGCCCAGCAACAGCAGGUGCUGAAGCACAAUGGGUCAUCAGAGAUCCUUAACAAGCUGUAUGACACGGCCAUGGACAAGCUGGAGGUGGUCAAGAAGGACUAUGAUGCCCUGCGGAAGCGCUACAGUGAGAAGGUGGCCAUUCACAACUCAGACCUGAGCCGCCUGGAGCAGCUGGGAGAGGAAAAUCAGCGCCUACUGAAGCAGACAGAGAUGUUGACCCAGCAGAGGGACACAGCCAUCCAGCUCCAACACCAGUGUGCCCUGUCUCUGAGGAGGUUUGAGGCAAUCCACCAUGAGCUGAACAAGGCCACAGCCCAGAACAAGGACCUGCAGUGGGAAAUGGAGUUGCUGCAGUCGGAGCUGACUGAGUUGAGGACCACGCAGGUGAAAACUGCCAAGGAGUCUGAGAAGUACAAGGAGGAGCGGGACGCUGUGUACAGCGAGUACAAGCUCAUCAUGAGUGAGCGCGACCAGGUCAUCUCUGAGCUAGACAAGCUACAGACUGAGGUAGAGUUGGCUGAAUCCAAGCUUAAGAGCAGCACAUCUGAGAAGAAGGCGGCCAGUGAGGAGAUGGAAGCCCUGCGGCAGAUCAAAGACACGGUGACAAUGGAUGCUGGGAGAGCCAACAAGGAGGUGGAAGUCCUUCGAAAGCAAUGCAAGGCUCUGUGCCAGGAACUGAAGGAAGCCCUCCAGGAGGCGGAUGUGGCCAAGUGCCGGCGAGACUGGGCCUUUCAGGAGCGUGACAAGAUUGUGGCAGAGCGCGAUAGCAUCCGGACCCUUUGUGACAACCUGAGGCGGGAGCGGGACCGGGCUGUGAGUGAGCUGGCUGAGGCUCUGCGCAGCCUGGACGACACUCGGAAACAGAAGAACGAUGUUAGCCGGGAGCUUAAAGAACUCAAGGAGCAGAUGGAAUCCCAGCUGGAAAAGGAGGCUCGGUUCCGGCAACUGAUGGCCCACAGCUCCCAUGACUCCGCCAUUGACACGGAUUCCAUGGAGUGGGAAACAGAAGUUGUUGAGUUCGAAAGGGAGACGGAGGACAUUGACUUGAAGGCACUUGGGUUUGACAUGGCAGAAGGUGUGAAUGAGCCUUGUUUCCCAGGGGAUUGUGGCAUAUUCGUCACAAAAGUGGACAAAGGAAGCAUUGCUGAUGGCCGCUUAAGGGUCAAUGACUGGCUGCUGAGAAUCAAUGAUGUGGACCUCAUCAACAAGGACAAGAAACAGGCCAUCAAGGCUCUUCUCAACGGGGAGGGGGCCAUCAACAUGGUUGUGCGGCGGAGGAAAUCCCUGGGCGGGAAGGUGGUCACGCCCUUGCAUAUCAACCUCACUGGACAGAAAGAUAGUGGCAUCAGUCUGGAGAACGGAGUGUAUGCAGCUGCCGUGGUACCUGGAAGCCCUGCUGCCAAGGAAGGAUCUCUCGCUGUGGGAGACAGGAUUGUUGCGAUCAAUGGCAUCGCACUGGACAAUAAGUCUCUGAAUGAAUGUGAAUCUCUGCUGCGCAGCUGCCAGGACUCCUUGACCCUUUCCCUCCUGAAGGUGUUCCCUCAGAGUUCCUCGUGGAGUGGCCAGAACAUCUUUGAAACCAUCAAGGACUCUGAGAAGAUGUUGACUUUUCGAGCCCAUGGGACAGAGGUCCAGGCUCACAACAAACGGAACUUGGUACAGCACAAUAAUUCCACACAGACUGAUAUCUUCUAUGCAGAUCAGCUAGAAGACAGGAAGGACCUGGGCCUCCCUGGGGACAGCAGCUCCUUUCUACACAAGCCGUUCCCUGGAGGUCCCUUUCCUGUCUCCCCACAGGCCUAUCCCAGUGCCUCUGAUCGAAGCCUGAGCUCCUUCCGUUCAGAUGCCUCUGGGGAGCGUGGCUGUGGGCUGGUGGACAUGCGGAGCCGGCAGCCUCUGCUGCCCUUUGAGACUGAGGUGGGCCCUUGUGGGUCUGUGGAGGCCCCACUGGACAAGACUGAACCCGAGGGCUCCAACAGUGGUGGGACCUGGCCCAAGGCUGUGCUCAGCUCCACAGCAGGGCCAGAAAAGCUCUCUGUUUACAAGAAACCAAAGCAAAGAAAGUCCAUCUUUGACCCAAACACUUUCAAACGCCCCCAGACACCCCCCAAAGUAGACUACUUGCUCCCAGGCCCUGGGCCUGCUCACUCCCCCCAGCCCUCAAAGAGGGUCGGGCCUCUUACACCCCCAAAACCCCCAAGGAGGAGCGACUCCAUCAAGUUCCAGCAUAGAUUGGAAACUAGUUCUGAGUCAGAAGCCACUUUAGUGGGCAGCUCCCCAUCUACCAGUCCCCCAAGCGCCCCACCCCCUGACAUGGACCCUGAGGAACCCAUGCAUGCGUCACCCCCUCGCAAGGCCAGGGUCCGCAUUGCCUCCAGCUACUACCCUGAAGGGGACGGGGACUCCUCCUACCUGCCAGCCAAGAAGUCCUGUGAUGAGGACCUUACCUCCCAGAAGACAGAUGAGCUGGGGCAGAAGCGCCGCCGGCCAAAGUCUGCUCCCAGUUUUCGGCCCAAGCUUGCUCCGGUAGUGAUUCCUGCUCAGUGCCUGGAGGAACAGAAGUGCAGCCUAGCCAGUGGAGAGCUUUCCCCAGAGGCUCAGGAGUGGUCCCCAUACUCACCAGGGCAUUCUGGCCGGCAUGGCAAUCCCCCACUGUACCCUAACAGGCCAUCUGUGGGCACCGUUCCCAGGAGCAUGACCCCCAGCACCACCGUGAGCUCCAUCCUGAGGAACCCCAUCUACACUGUGCGCAGCCACAGGGUUGGGCCCUGCAGCUCUCCACCUGUGCCCCGUGACACCGGCCCCCAGAGCUUGCCUCCCAGCGUCCAGCACCAGGGUCGCCUGAGUCUGGACCUGAGCCAUAGGCCCUGCAAUGACUACUCUGAGAUGAGAGCCUCCCAUGGGUCCAAUUCGCUGCCCUCCAGUGCCCGCCUCGGGUCUUCCAGUAACCUGCAGUUCAAGGCAGAACGCAUUAAGAUCCCGUUAACUCCAAGAUACCCUCGGUCUGUCAUGGGCUCUGACAGAGGCUCACUGUCAUAUUCUGAAUGCAGCACCCCACCCCGGUCACCCCUGAGUGUUGAUACCCUGUCCUCCUGUAGCCAGCCUCAUACCUCAGCCUCCACAUUGCCCAGGAUUGCUGUCAACCCUGCAUCCCUUGGGGAGCGGAGAAAGGACAGGCCUUAUGUGGAGGAACCACGCCAUGUGAAGGUGCAGAAGGGCCCAGAGCCACUGGGCAUCUCCAUUGUGAGUGGAGAGAAGGGUGGUAUCUAUGUCUCCAAGGUGACCGCAGGGAGCAUUGCCCACCAGGCCGGCCUUGAGUAUGGGGACCAGUUACUUGAGUUCAAUGGAAUAAACCUGCGGAGUGCCACCGAACAGCAGGCCCGGCUCAUCAUUGGGCAGCAGUGUGACACCAUCACUAUCCUGGCCCAGUAUAACCCUCAUAUGCACCAACUCAGCAGCCACUCCCGCUCCAGCUCCCACUUGGACCCUGUUGGUGCCCACUCCACUCUCCAGGGCAACGGUGCCACCACCCCAGAGCAUCCCUCUGUCAUUGACCCACUGAUGGAACAGGACGAGGGCCCUGGCACCCCUCCAGCUAAGCAGAGCACCCCAAGCUCCAGAAUGGUAGGCGAUGUCAGCAAGAAGACCCCAGAGCCACGCGUUGUCUUCCUCAAAAAGACCCAGCUGGAGCUUGGAGUGCACUUGUGCGGCGGAAAUCUGCAUGGAGUCUUUGUGGCCGAGGUGGAGGAUGGUAGUCCUGCUAAGGGUCCUGAUGGCCUCAUGCCAGGGGACCUUAUCCUUGAGUAUGGUAACCUAGACAUGCGUAACAAGACAGUUGAGGAGGUCUACGUAGAGAUGCUGAAGCCCAAAGAUGGCAUCCGCCUAAAGGUGCAGUACCGCCCAGAGGAGUUCACCAGGAUCAAGGGCCUGCCUGGUGACAGCUUCUACAUCAGGGCCCUAUAUGACCGGCUGGCAGAGGUGGAGCCUGAGCUGAGCUUUAAGAAAGAUGACAUCCUCUAUGUGGAUGACACCUUGCCCCAGGGCACAUUUGGGUCUUGGAUGGCCUGGCAACUGGAUGAGAAUGCCCAGAAGAUCCAGCGUGGACAGAUUCCCAGCAAGUAUGUGAUGGACCAAGAAUUCUCCAGGAGGCUCAGCAUGUCCGAGGUCAGAGAUGACAGCAGUGCUGCAAAGACGCUGUCAGCAGCCGCACGCCGGUCCUUCUUUCGAAGGAAACAUAAGCACAAGCGCAGCGGGUCCAAAGAUGGGAAGGACCUCCUCACGCUCGAUGCUUUUUCCAGUGACUCCAUUCCACUCUUUGAAGAUUCGGUGAGCCUGGCCUAUCAGCGGGUCCAGAAGGUGGACUGUACCACUUUGAGGCCAGUCCUGAUUCUAGGGCCUUUACUGGAUGUGGUGAAGGAGAUGCUGGUGAACGAGGCACCUGGCAAGUUCUGCAGAUGCCCACUCGAGGUGAUGAAGGCUUCCCAGCAGGCCAUUGAGCGGGGUGUCAAAGACUGCCUGUUUGUUGACUACAAGCGCAGGAGCGGCCAUUUUGAUGUGACCACAGUGGCUUCAAUAAAGGAGAUCACAGAAAAGAACCGGCACUGUCUGCUGGACAUUGCUCCCCACGCCAUUGAGCGGCUACACCAUAUGCACAUCUACCCCAUCGUCAUCUUCAUCCACUACAAGAGCGCCAAGCACAUCAAGGAGCAGAGAGACCCCAUCUACCUGAGGGACAAGGUGACACAGAGGCAUUCCAAAGAGCAGUUUGAGACGGCUCAGAAGAUCGAGCAGGAGUACAGCAGGUACUUCACAGGGGUCGUCCAGGGAGGAGCCCUGUCGAGCAUUUGCACUCAGAUCUUGACAACAGUCAAUCAAGAGCAAAGUAAAGUCCUGUGGAUCCCCGCCUGCCCACUCUAGAAGGCUGGACCAGGAGGCAACUUAGCCAGCCUGAUGGUGGGGGAGACCUGGCUCGUUCUUCUCCAGUGACUGAAGACAGAGUUCUAUCUGUAUAUGGAGCUGCCAGGAAGGAUCCAGAACCAGGAUUCCAGAAGCACCUCCUUCGUAGACAGAGGGCAGCAGUCACAUGGAUCCAGGCCUGGGCCAGCAAGCUGCUCCUCUUUAUAUGUGUGCUUUACACAAAAAGCAGAAACACAAAAGACUUGGUAGGGGUUGAACACCCACCUUCCUAUAACCAGCCGAUCAGAGAUGCUGCACAGAACCUUUCAGAUCACAAGUUUACAAGCCUUUUCUAAGUAUUUGGUUGUUUAUGUUUACUUGAACGGCUCCAUGUCGGUGCCCCGCCCCUGCUUCCUGCCACCUCUGUUGCUUUGGUGUUGGUUUUGUUUCUGUCUUCAGCAAAAUGACCCUGGAACCUUGUGGGGGCUGCUUUGCUUUGGGAGGUUCCUGUCAGUGGGACCAGAGCUUCGACAGACUUCCUGCUCCCCCAUGGCCCAUCUCCCGGAAGAACAUCAUGACCGCAGGUGCUCAGACCACUGGUAGUGGCAGAACCAGUGCCUUGGAGGGGCCAGCUCACCACCACAGCGUUUUCCUCCCAUGCCAGGGAAGGUGGCUUUGGCACUCUUAGGAAUUUGCCUCUUGGCCUUUCCUCCUGCCUCCCAUGGCCUCUCAUUUCCCCUCCAGCUGCAUUUCUUAUUUAAGUGUCAUUAUGGUCCCUCAGGGCCUCUUAGGUUCUCAGUGACAUGAUUGGGUCCUAGGCAGGGUAUGAAGCAGGGCACGUGAACACAUGGGCUCCCCUAGGUUCCAUGAGUCCUCACAGCCUCUAUCAGUGCAAUGUUGCAGGGUAAUCCUUACACUGUACAGCAUGGAAGUACAUCACUCUUUUUGGUGCGAAACCAUUCAUGUUUUAGACUUUGAAAUGAGAACUUCUAAGGGGAAACAUAAUGGUUAAUGUCGCCAUUAUUGAAAAUCUCAAAAGAAAGCCUGGGGUCUUGUUAAUCUUGCUUUUAUACCUCUCAGCAUGAGCCUGACUCCGUGAGGAUGUCUGCAGUCUUUGUCAGAUUUCUGUUUUUUUCUUUUUUUUGCACUUCUGAUGCCGGAUAUCCCUGGCUGGAGAUUCAAUGUGGUUUCUCCUUUAAACUGUGUGCCCUGUUAAUAGGUACUGUACUGGCUCUGUGGGUCAUUGGGGUAGGACCUAUAUUUUAAUACUGUUCCUAACAUUUCAUUUUACUAGCAAGAAAUCUUUGAUUUCAUUUUAUUCUUUGUAAUUCUAGAAACUAGAUUAUAGUUUAGCCAUUACUGACAUUUUUAAAAAAGGGAUAUAUUUUCUUGCACAGCUGUUCAAAAAAGAAACAAGUUUUAGUCCUCAGUGCUGUCCUUUGUUUUACAGGUACAAGUUUUCUAGCUCAGACAACUGAGAAAAACUGUAGGCCAUUCUCAAGGUACUGCUUGCACAGCCUUGAGGGGCUGUUUUCUAGGUUGCAGGUUGAGUUGGGCUGUGUUGGGCAAUGCACAGGCAGGUACGGAUCUGACAGAUGGGCUGUUCUGUACUAAGAUGUUACUUUAUAUCAAAAGGUAAACAGAUUUUAGUACAAAUAAAGGUCAAUUUCUGUCACCCAUUGUGUGUAAAGAUACCUGUGCCAUGCUGUGCUAGCUGGUGUAUAGCCUCUUCCUGCUGCCCCAGCUUUCCAUCACCCUGGUCCUCUAUGCUCCUCCUAGCGUGUGACUGGAUUGACUGAAGGAUGAGGUUCUUGCCUGUUCUUCCAUCUCUGCCCCUCUCGGACUCCCUUCUUCCUCUCUAGUCUGUCCAUCUGUCCCAUGUUGCAUGGGGUGUUGGUCGCAGCUGGGCAGCCCUCACCUCCUCAUGGUUAGGCCUGCAGGUAUGGGUUGGCCUGAACUUGUGAGAAGCAAAGAGAAGUGAGCCAAGCUGAGUCCUCAGGGGAUCUCUGAGUGUUCUCAGUCAGGGUCCUGCCUGACACUAUUGGUGGAAAGAGUCCCUGCCUGGCAUGGGACCAUGUUGUGGGCCUCAGAUCAUCAUAUUGUGAUAUUACCCAGCACUGCAGGGGCCCUGGAGCAGCCAUGGACUGGAAGUCCGUGUUCUGCAUGAUGGAAAAGUUAGGAGGCAUGGCCUGUGACUGCGAGAAGCCGGGGCUGAGGUCUGGUGCGAAUCCCUCCCCUCCUCCGCUGCUUCUGCUUAGAGGGUCUCAGGGGCGCAAUGUUCUGCCAAAGCCCCAUGCUGGUGUGGUAGCCAGGCCAAUGGAGACAGACUUGGUGUUGGUGUUGGUACCUCUCUCGUCCCUUCCUAUUAGACCAAGUUCCACUAUGGCCCUGCAGUUAUGGCUUCACCCAUGGCAAUACAGAGAUGUGCAGGGAUCUGGCAGGUGAAGGAGGUGGGACAGUGUGUGUUCCUUGUCUUCCCUCUUCCUCACUCAACCCAGUCACUUACCCAUGCAUUCAUAGCCAUAGGGCCAGAUCAUAUCUUCUGACAGCCCAGCCCUGGUACCAUCCUUAGAGGCAGCCACAAAAGAUUUUAAGUCAACCCCCUGGCAAGUGGCAGGGGUGGUAGGUCUUUAUUUUAGGAAUGGUUUCUCUUAAAAGAGUUUAGUUAUGAUUAAACCAAAACCUUAAAAAUAGUUCCUAUUUCUGACAUUGUGAUAAUUGUUUGCUUCUUUAGAAGUUUUUAUAGUUUCCAAAUCUUCUACAGGCAACUUGAUUUUCUUUUGUAAUCACAAGAGAAAACAUGAUGCCUUUUAAAACUAAAAGGCCAGUUGUAUCACUGAGUUUGCAGACUAUUUUUCCAUGGACAGAAGCUUUGUAAGGCAGCCACUGGGAUAUGCUGGCAAGCAGCCUCAAGAGAGGACUCACGCCCUUUUGAGGCUUUUUUCUAAACCAUACUGGGCAGUGAGGGGGAGGGCACAACCACAGGAUCUCUGCCCCAAGGUGGUGUCUGUCUCAUGGGGGCUCAGAUCAUUCUAGAAGGGCACUCUUGACGGCACUCUCUUGGCCUUUAUCUCCAAAGACAGUGAAGUGUGGAUGCUCUCUGAGGCCCCUUCUGGUGCCAACUUCUAUGAUUCUGCAAUGUGGGUGGGGAGUGGUUCCAGAGGAGUGAAGCCCAAAUUCACUCCUGACCUUGCAGACCCAAAGGAAAUCCCUCUGGCAAGGCUGGAGGAGACCCAAGGCCUGGAAGCAGAAGUCAAGCAGGCCUGGAAUAGAAGCCAAAUGCUAGCCAGAACCCUUGGGCCUCUCUCUUCCUGGCUGAGACCAAGCCAUGAAGUUACAACAAAGCAGGUGAUUUGUGGAAAGGUUUGUUCUAGAAAGGUGAGCAGCUACCACUUGAGGAUGAUGGGACCAAAGGGCCACCUGGGUCAUGGAUGUCAAGGAUGAGGGAAAUGCAGGAGGGCACAGACAGCGUAAACUCAAUACGAAGGGAGCACAGGCCGGCAAUGGAAGGAUCAUCCUCCCAGGGAGGGAGAGGCUUCAGGAGGGAACCCUGGGCAGGCUUGGCCUCUCACCACUGCCCUGCUCCAUUGGCUUUCAGGCCUAUGGUUCCCUUAGCCUCAUCUCGUCCGUUCAUACCUCUCAUCAUCCAGAAUGUAGUCUCUGUUUCUUGACAAUCCCUCCUCCAGUCAAGACUUGGUUCUUGCUAUUAUGCAUUUUUGUCUUUUUCUUUCCAACUGUGAAAUGUGUCAUCCCUACAGAAGAAGAGCAUAUACAAUAUAAAUGUACAAUUAGAAUAAAAUAGGCGGUCUAUGCCUCUUUAAGGAACAAAACUCUAUCCCUCCCUUAGGAGCCCUUAUAUGCCCACCCAGUUGAAUUCCCCACUUUCUCCACUGAAUAAUUUCCUUUUAUAUAUAGUCAGUCCAACACACAUAUCUUUCAACAAUAUAUUGUGCGGUUUUGAAAACAUUGAGUGAGCAUCGAACACAGACGAUUACAGACUUCGCUACAUGGGGAAGACACAAUGUUGCCACAGUUGAGUAAAGUCUAUGGCAGGCAAGAGGGACUCCACAGCCCUAGCAGGAUUUCCUCUGUCUCUCAGGGAUGCCUAUUUCCAGAGCAGUUCAACAGGUUGACUCAGGCAUUUGGAUUGUUUUUAUUGUGUUUAUAGAUUUGAAAUUGAGUUGUAUUAGAACAUGGCCACAUUCAUUCGUGUAUUGUUGUAACUGCUUUUGUAUUGUAACCCUAUAAAACUAGAGUUUUACCUGGUCCUUACAGGUAAAAGUUUCCCAAUUCCUGAUAUGUAGGGUAAAGCGAAACAAACCAACAUGUGUUUAGGAUAUACUUUAUGCUAGGCAUAAUGUUAGGCAACUUCACAUCUAGUAUCACAUUUAGUUUGACAUCUCUCAUUUACAAAAUUUCACAAUCUUGAGUAAUCAGAUAACUCCUUGUCAUGCUGAAGUACUUUCUCUGGAACCAUACCUUUGCUUUGUGUUUUACUCACACUUAGUUUUAUCCUUAUAGAAGCAUCUAUAACGAGUUUAUAGUUGGUACAUGUCCAGGCUUUCAGCAACUAGUGAAUUGCUAAAGCUAUUUUAUGAUGCCAUUUACCCUUAGGGAUAAAAGAAAACUUGUUCAUAUUUUAGAGCUCUAGCUUCUCAUAGAGGCUACUUGUUCUGAGAAAGUAAGCCAUCUAAGCUACUAUAACCUGUCCCCUUCUUCUGUCAGUUAAGGAUGGACAGAGAUGCUGAGAACUAAGUGUUAGGGUGAACAAAAGGGAAGCCAUGUUAGGAUUAGACCCCCCACCCUUGCAGACAGUUUUUGGGAGGGACCACACCUGGCCUCAAGGGAAUGACAAAC